GUGUGGAGGUGGUGGUGUAGUAGUGGGUGUGGAGGUGGUGGUGUAGUAGUGGGUGUGGAGGUGGUGGUGGUGUAGUAGUGGGUGUGGAGGUGGUGGUGUAGUAGUGGGUGUGGAGGUGAUGGUGGUGGUGUAGUAGUGGGUGUGGAGGUGGUGGUGUAGUAGUGGGUGUGGAGGUGAUGGUGGUGGUGUAGUAGUGGGUGUGGAGGUGGUGGUGUAGUAGUGGGUGUGGAGGUGAUGGUGGUGGUGUAGUAGUGGGUGUGGAGGUGGUGGUGUAGUAGUGGGUGUGGUGGUAUAGUAGUGGGUGUGGAGGCGGGGGUGUAGUAGCUGUUACUGCUGCUGCCACUGAUGCUGCUGAUACCGCUUCAAGCAAAGCGGUGAAUGGUAGCACCCCCAGUGGCUGCAGUGUCACGUGGGACCCGUUGCACGCAACGGGGCACGCUGUAGAACCCCGACUCUAAACGACGUAUCGAUCAUCGAUCCACGCGUACCCAAUACACACGCACGCUACGGGACACGUGGGUGCUCACAGUCAAUACCAGUGACAGUCGGUGAACGAGUGAGUGGGUGAACGAGUGGAUGGUGGACCGGGUUGUCCGCAUGGCGAGUGGGUGAGUGAGUGGGUGGGCAAGUUAGUGGAGCACAUCUGCUGAGCUUCAGGAAUGAUCACGGAGGAGGGGAGGAAGAGGGGGCCGAUGCGGCGAGCGCCCCCCCUGGAGUGACGGCGGUGGUGACGGUGGUGACGGUGGUGAUGGCGCGUGGCCCGCUGUGCAGGGCCCCAGCAGGCCUCGCCCGGACCGUGGCCCCGCCGGACACCUCGACCUCUACGCCGUGAGCCCCCCCUCCUCGCCGGCGCUUCAGCCAUGAGGUUCAACAUUUCGGAGCUGCCCCCCGCGAGCCGGGAUCGCGAGGAGGGGGCGCGCCACCCGGACCGUCCGGUGGGGGGCGUGAUGGCGGCGCCAGAGGCGCCGCCGCCGCCGCGGCCGUCCUCGUCGCCGCGCGAUGAGGAUCUCCGGCCGCCGGCGCUCUACGGCGCGCCGCCCCCUCCGCGCUCCGAGCGCACCCCCCCGCAGGGCAAGGCCAUCGUGGGCAAGCUGCUGCUCACCUACGUGUGCUCCGGCGCCGCUGCCGCCCGCGAGGGCCCGCGUGGCGCGGAGGGCCGACCGGGCCGGUGCCGGGCCGACCCGGGGCCCCGCUCGCCGCCGGCGCCGAGCGCCCACGGGAGCGACGACAGGGGCCCGAGCGACGGCGUGGCGGGGCCCGCGCCGGGCCGGCGGGCGCCGCCGGGCCACGGGGCGUGCGAAAACGGCGCCGCAUUGGGCCCGUCCGUCCACCGGAGACGGAUCGUCGCCAACAUGGCGGAGCAUCUUGCCCUGCGCGGCCUGGACCCUCCCGCCGGCACGAACCGCGGGCGCGGGACGCAGAGGCCCGACGCCGGCGCCGUGCCGACGGCCACCCCCGCUCCGGCGCCAACUGCCGACGUGGCGCGGGUGCCCAGGAGGACGCCGGAGCCGGCGCCGCGGUGCCCCAAGCGCCUCCGUUCCAUGUCGCCGAGCGGCGCCGGCGCCGAGGGUGACGUGACGCCCGAGAGCUGGGCCCGGCGAGGGGGGGCAACCCCCGAGGGGGCCCCGGCCCGAACAAACCCCCAGCAGGCGCUUGCCAAAGCAGCGGCGGCGAAGCGCAAGCUGCUCAUGGCGCCGGGGGACGAGGAGCCGGCGGGGGACGGCGGCCCGGGCUGCCGGUCGCCCCCGACCAAGCGGAGCGUUCCGCCCUGGCUGCCGGGCCUCGCCUCGUGGCACCACCGGUUGCCAACGCCGCCACCGCCCAGCGCCAACGCCCCGGCGCAGCACAGCGACGUGCAGGUUCCUGCGCGAAAGUGUUUUCCCGAAUGCCCCGAUCGCCCGGCCGCGGUGCUCCGAACCAUGGGGCUGUUUGGCACGUGGCGAGGAGUGGCCCGUGCCGACGGCGGCGGCAGGGAGUCGCCCACGCCGCUGCCCCUGCCCAAACCCCGCGCCCCCCACCGCCUCGGCCUUCUGGGCAGCUUCGAGGAGUCGGCGCUGCAGGGCCGCCUGCCCCCGGCGGGCUUCGUGGACGGCUUCACGGUGGAGCUGGGCGCCAGCGGCUCGUUCUGCCCGAGGCACGCGUCGCUGCCCGUGCUCGCCUCCUUCUUCUCCGUGGCGGAGGACGCGGCGCCCUCGCCGUACCUGGGCGUCGUCGACCUGCGCCCACUGGGCGUGCGCGGGUACCAGGUGCCGCGCGCCGGCACCAUCCAGAUGACCCUAUUUAACCCGAGCGGCUCGGUGGUGAAGAUGUUUGUGGUGAUCUACGACCUGCGCGACAUGCCACCCGAGCACCACACCUUCCUGCGCCAGCGCACCUUCUCUGUGCCCGUGGGCCGGCGCCCGCCGGGGGGGGCGGCCGCCACCGCCUCGGCCCCCGCGGCGCACGACCCCCUCCCCACCACCACCACCACCGCAACCAGCAGCAGCAGCAGUAACACCGCGCACAGAGCCCUGCAUUACCUUAUACACCUCAGGUUCCUGAGCUCGCGCUCGGGGAAGCUGUUCCUGCACUCGGACGUGCGCCUGCUGUUCUCGCGCAAGUCGCUGGACGCUGACUCGGGCUCCGUGGAGCUCAAGUCGUUCACCGAGGCCCCUCACGCCCCACGGUUUUCUCCACGGCACUGACGGCAGCACCCCACCCCCCUCCCGACCCGUGGGGCUCGAGAUCGUUGGUAGAAUUCCCGGGGGUCGAUGAAGGUACACGACUAACGGGCCAACUCGGAGCGGCAUUGCAGCCCACCAAGAGAAGAAUGACCCGACCUGGCGUGGAGGGAGGGGCGGCUUGAGCUACCACAAGGGGGCACGGGGUGGGGGGGGGGGUCUCGUAUGCUCCAUGCGCCGGCGCAAGGGGGUGGUUUGACCCCCCCCCCCCCCCCCCCCCCCCGUAGAAUUUUUGACCCCGGCGUCAGAAUUGUACAAAUACCGUUGCAGCAAUAGGACUUCCCCACGGAAUAAUUACCCCCCCUCCCCCAACCUUCGGGGUUAGAAUACUAUAUAGGGUUCGGUUAGGGUGUCUGUGGAAGGGUUCUUAGAAACGUACUCGAUGUUACGUGCCGAUAUUAAUGCACAAGACUGGGGGAGGCCGUCAUCCAGCAGUGGAAUGAUCGCGGUUGACUAAUGAGGUCACUCGAGACUCGAGGGCAACCUCUCGGGAUGAUUGCAGGCAUGGGAACAGAACAAAUGACCAGUGGAGGGGGGGGGGGUCAACAGAUAGACGGGGGUCACAAUCGAACCCCACUCCGGCACGCGUCGAGCCACGAGAUCGUCCGGAUCGGAGCGCCCAACGCGAACCGUUCGGAACACCCGGCACGGACGGAGCACUGGCACGUGGAGCACUGGCACGUGGAGCUCUCGCACGUGGAGCUUGGGAGUAUGGCACAAAGAGCACCGGCACACAGAGAGUAGCACGUGGUUACCUGGUGCUCGGCAGGCAGCGGCCGGGACGUGGAUUGCAACACAACCACCUGGGAACCCGGGCAAAGAUCAGACGUUGUGGGACAUGUGGCACGGAGUGCCUGGUACAGCCCAUUGGGCACUUGGCACAGAUCACCUGGAGCCCAGGAGAGACUGCGUGCAACUGCAUCUCACAAACGCGGAUGUUUUUUUGCCACGAGUGACAUCGCCAUACAGAAGAGGAUGGCGGCCGCUUCUGUUUGUAUGGGACCGGCGUGGAUACUUGCGUGCAUGACACACGUACGCGCACACGUAUGUGCGCACGCACACACGCCGCACGCCCGCCCGGUGGUGUGCCGGUCGGAGUGCGUGCGGAGAACUUGCGGUCAUGCGAGCUAUUAAAAAAAUGGGUCGGGUUUCGACUUGAGCACUUAAUCAGCCCUGGGGCUGUUAAAAUGAGUAUCAUUACGUGGUACGUUAACAGCGGUCAAUUGUAGAAGGGACAAAUGAGCCCUUGCCAUGAUAAUGUGGAAUUUACAACACUGGCUCAUAGAUGUGCGGAAGGGAGGUGGUGAGCAUCGUGCAGGGUGCGUUGGCACCGGGGGCACAGCGGCACUUUUGCAGGGUUUGCCAUCUGCGGCGGACUGCGUCCACCCGUCAUCCGGGCUGAGCGUGGCUUCGAGCCGAGCCUCUCGACACUUUAUUAUUUUGGUUCGGGAUGUCGCGCAAAAUGUCUCGUGUCCGGCUUCUUCCACUCUACUACGCGACGCCGCGAACCGCUCGUGAUGCCUUCCCCACUUGUGACUCCCAACAGCGGUGGCACAUCUCCCCGUGAACUCGACAGAUUGGUGUUCUAUUCAUGUCUACCAGAGAAAAUAUAUAUAUAUUGAAUGUGUUUACGGUUUUUGUUGAAGAUGUUAAUGUAGGGGGGCACUGAUUAAAAAAGCUUGAAAUUC